AUGAGUUCCAGUGCAUUCAUCGGUUCAAGCUUCAUCUUGAAGAAGAAAGGUCUUAAGCGUGUUGCUGCACGCGGUACUCGUGCAGGAGUAGGUGGUUAUAAUUAUCUGCUAGAGCCGCUUUGGUGGGCUGGCAUGGUAACGAUGAUUAUUGGGGAAAUUGCAAAUUUUGUGGCUUAUAUCUAUGCUCCGGCAGUUCUGGUGACUCCCCUUGGUGCACUUAGUAUUAUAGUUAGGUUGCAGAAAAACAAGGAUUCCAAGGCAAAAGCUGGUCAGCUGCGGCAGCAGGGUGGAUAUCAUCGAAGGGUCGUGGCUUUAGAUCAAACGGAACAAUCCAAGCAGUUGCAUGAUGCAACUAGUUCUCUGGCAUGA